AUGCUUUAUUCCCACUCUGUAGAAAUCACUGAGUCUAUUCCUGAUUUCACAGGCAAUGAUCGAAGAGUCCAGGUACAAACUCUUCAGGGUACUUGGCCAUAUGCUAUAAUGAUGAAGUGGGGAGUUCAAGAAAAAGAUUUUUUUAUAUCCGUUUUAGUGCUACUCUAUUCAAUACAAGUAAUUGUGUGUAUGGAAGAUGAUACACCUUGUCCAGUAAUGUGCAAGUGCUCUAAAACAUCCACCAGAGUAAAAAUAAAAUGCAUGAAAGUUGAAAGAAUGGAAGAGCUUGACCUUCAGAAAGCCCCAUCAAAUGUCAUCCAGCUAGAUUUGUCAGAAAAUUUUUUGACAAAGAUUCCUUCUGAAUCUUUCGCAUUUUCCAGUAUGAAACUUUUACAAAAGCUAAACUUGAGCAGAAACGUCAUAGAAUUUAUAGAUUCUGAUGCUUUUGGAAAUCUUACCAAUUUAAAACGUUUAGAUCUAUCACAUAAUAAGUUGCAGAAUCUUGGCAGUUCAGUAUUUAAUGGUCUAGAAAGUUUAGAACGUCUGUCUGUGAGCCAGAAUCACUUCGUACGAAUUUCCGAAGGCUCUUUUGACCCACUCUUGUCAUUGAAACAGCUGGAUUUGUCUGGAAAUCCUUUACAUUGUGAUUGCAAGUUAUUGUGGCUCAUAGAAUGGAUCCAGAAUUCCUCAGUUAAACUUGCUCCUUCACCCAAAUGUUCAUCUCCUAGUUCUCUCAGAGGACAGCCAAUUCGAAAAUUAUCUACAGAGCAUGGUGUACUGUGCGAUUUAUCUUUAGGUUCUUCAGGGCAACAAUUGGAACUUAAACCAGCUCACAAUCAGGUUGUAUUUGAAGGAGAUCCUCUUCAGUUACGAUGUAGUGUACCUAGUAUAUUUGAAAACAGAAAUGAAGUCAGACUGACAUGGCUUUGGGGUAGUCAAGAUGCUCUUUCUGCAUUUGAAGAAAUUGAAAUUGAAGAUCAAUAUUAUUCUGAUAGAGGUCUUAUAGAAAGUUCACUUACAAUAAAGCAUCUUCUUCAAGAACAUAGUGGACAAUGGUUUUGUCAACUUACUUCUGAAUAUGGUAAUCACACCCAGGCAAUUAGGGUAAUUGUAAUAUCUGAUAAAACUCAAUAUUGCCCACAAAAAGAAACUGUUACUAACAAAGGACGCUUCUUAUGGCCCAAAACUGUUGUUGGCUUUACUGUUGAAUUACCUUGCAAACCUCAAGAACCUGGUGUAGCUACAACAUUGAAAGCACAGUAUACUUGCUCUUCUGAGGGUAAUUGGGAUUACUUGAACACUAGUGUCUGUCCUUACACUAGUGAAACUACAAAAAUUUUAGAGCAGUUUUCUCAUGUUAAUCUGAGUAUUUCUACCGAAGCUAUUUUAAAAAGUGCUACUAGAUUAAAAAAUUUCAUUGGUAAUGGCAAGCAACUACAUGAUAAAAUGGAUAUUGUUUUCAUAUCUAAAGUGAUAGAAAACUAUAUAAUGUAUAUAACUAAAGAGAAAGAGCUUGGUGGAUUGCUGGUGGAUAUUGUUAGCACUGUUAUGAAUCUUCCCAAAGAUCUUAUAAAAGCUGCACAGUUAGAAGAUCAUGCAUGCUCACGAAUGGUUAAUGCUGUUGAAAAUGUUGCAGAGUUCACUUCAUCUUUACAGUCUCAUAAAUCAAAUUUGGCCAUGGAAGUGAACAGAGUGAAGAGAGAAACGUUUGCUGGCCUUAGUUGCACAUGGUUUGUUCAUAGUAGUAAACUUUCUGGACGCUGGUUCCAUUGUUCAACAAGUAAUACCACUGCUUUAUUUGGUGGUACCAGGGUUGUUGAAGCCUCUGUUCAGAUACCACCAUCGUUGUUUUAUCAGUUGGAAAAGCAAGGUAUCUCAACAUCACAACCGCAGCAGUUGCUUGUUUCUAUGUAUGAAAACAACAAUUUCUUCCCAAAAAUGGAUUCUGAAGAUGACAGAGAGGUUGAAUCAUGUGUAAUUGGAACGAAGUUAGUGGGUCAAGAAGUUCAAAAUCUCACAGAACCUGUUUAUGUGAUGUUUCGAGCUCCUGAUUCUCUGUAUCAUUAUUCAGAUUCUCCACUUCCAGUAUGGUGGGAUUCUUCUUUAGAUAAUGGUUUAGGAGGUUGGAACAAGAACGGGUGUAAUUUGUCUCAUUACCUUCAUGGCUUAUUAGUUUUUCAAUGUAAUAGACUUGGCUACUUUGGAUUACUGCAGAAAAAGGAUUCAUUUUAUACUUCUACAGUGAGGACUGGAGCGAAAUUUCGCUUCUCACAUCCUGUGGUAUAUAUUGGGAGUUUUGUCUGCAUAGUAUGCUUGACGGCUGCUAUUGUCACCUAUGCUCUAUGCCAUGCAUCUAUUCAAAUGUCGAAGAAAGCUAAACAUUCUUUGACUAACACUUGGAUUGCAAUGGCAUUGCUCUGUUUUAUGUACAGUACUGGAAUUCAUCAAACAGAAGAUAUUAAAGUGUGCCAAGGUGUAGGUCUUGUUCUGCAUUAUUUGUCUUUGUCAUCUUUGCUGUGGAUGACAGUGACUGCCAGUAAUAUGUACAAGAAGUUAACAAAAUCUGAUUCAUUGGACACAUUGCCAGAAGAUGAACUUCCGCCUGAUCAGCCUGUUGCUCAGAAGCCCCUUCUAGGACUGUACCUAGUGGGAUGGGGGAUUGCUCUAAUAGUUUGUGGAAUCUCUGGUGCAGUGAAUAUGCCACUGUAUGCUAGCCAUUGGCAUUGCUUUCUUUCUACUGGUCCUUCUCUUGGUGCAGUGUUUGUACCUGCAGGAAUUCUCAUUUCAUUUCUUGUGGUAAUGUUUCUGUUGAUUCACUGUGCUGCAAGGAAUAUUGAUGCUAAUGGACAACAUUCUGAAGGUACCCAAGUUACAGAAAAUGUUGAUUUAGAUAUGCUGGAUUCGAACAUCACAAGUAAUGGGGUUGGUGAAAGAACAAGCCUUCAUAGUACAUCUGCACCUACAGCGUCUAGUGAAGUUGAAGAUCCUGAACAUUCACCACUAAUGCAGUUAAAAGCUCAUGUCAUAGUCUUACUUUUGUACAUAUUCACUUGGACUUCAGCAUCAUUGGCCACUGCAAAACCAUUCAAAAAUUAUAUUUCGUAUGAAGAAACUGCUUUCAGUAUUCUCUAUGGAUUUUUAUCCACAGGUUUAGGAUCUUUUGUUUUAUUCUUUUACUGCAUUGCUAGAAGUGAUGUUCGCUCCCAAUGGCAUCUAGUACGUUGCUGGUGUAAGAAAAAACGAGGAAGAUGUUGCCGAACUCGAAGUAUUUCAGAUACAAAUCCCUCCCUUCCUCAUACUCAACCUGUGCCAACUACUGUAAUUGCUCACUCAGGUGGUGUGGUGGUGUCCAGUACAAACAGUGUAAACUCUUCUUCUCACAAAUCUCAAAAUAGUAAUGCUGCUAAAGCAGCCACAGAGUUGAAUGGAAUUGUCCAAACAAUGGUGAAGUCAGAUCGGGAUUCAGGAGGCAGCAGUGAAAACAAAUCUAAUGUUGAUUUGGUGGUUUUGCACCGUCAGAUGUACAGGUCCAAUAACAGUGUAACCACGUAUACUGAAUUGUCAGGUGCCAGUGGGGCUGAAAUGUUUUAUAAUCCACAUCAGAGUACAGUUGCGAGAAAGUUCUUUAGAAAACAACGGCGACAAGCAAAGGCUGCCAAUUUAUGUUCUCGUAGAAGUGGAGAUGGGAUAAGAGAAAAUGGUUCAAGUGAUCCAAAUACUCCUGCAGAAAGUGCAGUGUUUCUGUCUUCUGAAAUAGAUAAUUCUGAUGGGAAGAAGCAUAUUAAUAAUUGUCAUAGAAAUGAUGAUAUUCAAAAUGUUGGGUGUAUCAAAGAUUCUUCUUCAAAAGAACCGAUUAAUGAAUCUGGAAUGCCGUUGGAAAGACUUGUAAUAGGGGCAGAAGAAGCACCAGUGUUCAAAUCAACACAUGUAGGCAGAGAUGUUAGGAGCAGUAUAGAACCAGUUGAGGAGGUUUCAGAAGAAGUGACAUCACUGACCGCAGAAGUCGGUGAAACAGAAAGUGACUUGCAGUGCGGGUUAACCAAUGGAUCUGCUGAUUGUGUGAGUGAACUUGGAAGUGAAAGUGUGUCUUGCCGGACAAGUAAUGGUGCUUUGAGUACUUCGUAUGAUACACAAAAUUACAGAACUGAUCAUUGUAGUUGGCAAGAACAUUUGGAUAUUCCAUCUGACAUGGCUGGUUCAGAUAAUGGUAGCUACAAAAGUAGUGAUUGCAAUCGUAGCAGUAAUUCAUUUGCUUUAUGUUCUGAAAGAACUCAUGAAGGUAUAUCUGAGAAAGAUGAAAAUUAUGAAGGAAAGCCGCAGUUAAGUACAUUCACAAAUCUAGUAUCUCAAAAUGCGUGUUUAAAUGGCUUCAAUGGAAAUCAAAUUUCUAGAGAUAUUCCUGUAUCUCCAUGUAUUGAGUCCAAUCCAAUCAAGGAACAAGGAAUAAAUAGAAAUGCUGAUGGUUGUGUUUGUGAUAGAUCAUAUCCAGUUGGUAGUGACCAGUUUGUAAAUAAAAGAGAAACUAGUGUGUAAGUUCUGCAGUUUUGUACAUUACUCUUGCCAGAUUUUAGAGAUUUAGUUUCCUUCCAUCUCAUCUUAAAGAUGAUGUAUAUAAUUAUUUUAAAGAAAUGAAAUUUUGAAAAUAUCUAUUGUGCCACAAUAGAAUAAACUUUUCAAGCUAGUUUUCUUUGUAAUUCAAGGACCUGCUGAUGCAUUGUUCUUGUCUUCAAAUGUGGCAAAUUUAAUAUGCACUGUAGGAUGCAUGAUAUUGUAGAAUAACAGUUGAUAUUGAGUGAAUUUUAAACGUUCCUAGCAGUUGCUUCUAGGAAUUUGUUAAUAAGUGAAGGGAGUGCGUUUUAACAUUGGUCCAUUUUAUUGCUUCAAAAAUAAUAAAGUAGGGCACAUGUAACUUGUCAAUAUUCUAAAUGUGAUUUUAAGAUCAUGCUUUUUGUUUUCCGCGGCUCUUCUUCCUUUUCACUAAUUUUUCACACUUAAUUUUUUUACGAAAAACACUCCUAAUCAUGAAUUGCCAUAUAAUAUAGAACAGCAUCGUUAUGGCUUUAAAUGGCAUAAGCUCAACUAUGAAGGACAAUAAAACAAGCUUGAGAUCAGUUUUCACUAGAUAUCAUCAUAGAAAAAUACUUUGUAAUAAUAAAUGAUAUUCAUUAUUAAGUAUCUGUUUAUUGUUCGAUUGAAAAAAGGGGAAAACUGACAAAUAUUAUUUUUUUGAGGCAGGUAUAAUAUCUGUUUUUCCAGAAUUCUUGCUUUAUCCUUUUUGGUUUUUCAUCUUACUUAGAAAACUAUUAUGUUUUAAUUUUAUUUACGUGUUGCAUUCACUGUUAUUAAAAUACUUUCUGUUGUCUGUUUUUUGGCCAACUUUGAAAAGAAAUGUUAAAAAAACUGUUAAUAGAAAUAUCAUUAACCUGUAUACAAUUUUAUGAGGAAAAACAAAAUCAAAUGUCAAAGUUCUUUGCAAAGGAAAAAUUACAUAUAAAAAAUAAUAUUUAAAUCAAUGAAUAUUUUUAAGAAUUGGAUAAAUAUGGUUUUCAGAAAAAUGUCAAGUGUAAAACUAAGGAUGUAUUUUAGCAUGUAAAUUAAAUUUAAAACUAUGAUUUUCUUAAAGAUGGCAGCAAAUAUUGCAAAUUUCAUUUUGUAAAAUAUUAAAAGUCAUUCAGAUAUCUGGUUAUGUAUAAAUAUUAAAUUAUAUAUCAUAUAUCCGUUCCGUAUGGGAGAAAGGGAACAAUUUACCACUCAGAUCUCACAAAUUUUAUAGUAAGUACAAUAUAUUAGUAUAAAUUAUUUCAAUUUUUUAAAAUAUCUUACAUUAGUAUUUAGUUUAUUAAGUAUAAAAAGACUUUGACAAAAACUGAAUAACUGAAAAACACUGAACUUCUUUCGCUUCCUUUGAAAUGUCACAUCCCAUUGAAUAUUCAACUUGUCAAAAUUGAAUGAGUUCUAGAUUCUUGUAACUGCCAAACAUGAAGACUGAUUAAGCAGAGGUGUACUAUAUGUAGUUAAACAUAUAUGAACAUUUCAAAUGAACCUUUAUGAACAUAUCAAAUGCUUCGCCCAAGAUACCCUAUCUGCCGGUCAGAUUCCAGGAUAUUGGAGCACUACUGCCUGUAUUGGUAGAUUAAUGUUUACGUAUUUCACAAAAAUGUGAAACUUCAGUGCCAAAAUGAAAGUUCAUGUAUGCUGUUUAAUUUUUUCUUGAAUCCAGUUCUGCAUAAGCAAUUUAAGAUGUCAUUUUAUGGUUGUUAACAUGAUCACUACAUAAUUUAUUAAUGCAAUUAUUGUGCCAGAUUGUUCUUACAAUAUUCAAGAAUCGUUCAUUUCACAGCAGAACUGGAUGUUAGAAAAUUGACAAGUUAAAAUGUGUAUAUCCUUCGAUAAAUGUAAGACAUGUAUUGCUAAAUAGUUUAUCCUAGUGACUAUCAGAGUGACAAAAUACUUCAAAUGUUUUGAAUAUUGUACAAAUAAUCAUAAUACUCAUAAUACUUAAAAGAUUGUGCAUUUGCAUAAAAUUUGUAGAAAUAUCUUGCUGUGUCAGUUAUUAGACAGAGCUGUUCCUCUGAUUUUAACUAUUUUUUAAAUGAUUUAUUUUUUACAGGUUUUAUAUUGUUUAAGGUUUUUAGUACAAAGAUGAUUAUUUUUACUCUUAAUUCUUGACAAUUCACUUAAGAGCUACAAGACUACACAUUACCCUGUGAGUAUUAAGUUUUAGUGAACACUUAAUAUGUAUGUACAAAAUUGUUGUAAAGUUGUGCCAUUGUGAUUGUUUAUUUGUAAUGUGUAUAUACUGUAGAAAGAAUAAUUCUGUGUAAAAAAUAGAAUUAAAAAAUGAAACAAUAAAAAUAUGCAAACUAUCUCUGAGAAUUGCAUGUCUUGUACAUUUUUUUCUUUGUGCAGCAUUGCUGUUUACUUGUAUUUAAUUAAAAAUAUAUCAUGUAAUGAGACUGGAAACA